GGGGAGGAAGUGAAUACACUGAAUAGAGAGGCGCAGGGGCAAUAUGCAGAGAUGAAGAUGAUGUGGCGGAGUCAGUUGAGGGCCAUGCUUCUCAGCCCAUCUCCACGCCCGCUUACAACACUCCUCACUCGCUCCUCCAAUUCCUCUCGCCCUCGCCUUUUCGCUCUCCACAAAACCCUAUCUUUCCAUUCCCAUCCCUCAUUUCGCUCUCCAACAGCCCUCAAUUUCCCUGCCAGUUCCGCCUUCGUAGUUCCCGUUCGAUGCCUUUCUUCGAUUUUUCCGGCGAACACACUGGAGUGGAACGAGCCGGUGUCGUGCUCGGAGGUGGGUGAUGCGGAUGGCGAGGGUAGAAGCCUUGGGGAGGAAGAUUCCAGGACUUCGAUUCCUGUUAGGGCGUACUUUUUUUCGACUAGUGUGGAUUUGAGAAGUUUAGUGGAGCAGAACAGACCCCAUUUCAUCCCUCCAACAUCCCGAAUGACUAACUAUGUUGUUUUUCGGUUUGGAAACCUUGAGUCAGACUACAAUGUUUCAAAUGCUAGCUUGAGUGGGAGUGACUGCUGUUACAUGGUAGUUUUUCAGUAUGGCUCCAUUGUGUUGUUUAAUGUACCAGAUCAUGAGGUUGAUAGGUGUCUGAAAAUUGUAGAGAAGCAUGCUUCAGGAUUGCUUCCAGAAAUGAGGAAAGAUGAGUAUGAGGUCAGAGAGAUGCCAACUUUAAACACUUGGAUGCAAGGUGGGUUAGAUUACAUAAUGUUGCAGUACUUGAAUAUUGAUGGAAUCCGAACUAUUGGUAGUGUUCUCGGUCAAAGUAUUGCUCUUGAUUACUAUGUGCGCCAGGUUGAUGGUAUGGUUGCGGAAUUUACAGACAUUAACCGUGGGAUGGAAAAAACUGGAACUUUCACCAUGGAAAGAAAAAAACUUUUUCAGUUAGUGGGAAAGGCAAAUUCUAAUCUGGCAGAUGUGAUUCUUAAGCUUGGACUUUUUGAGAGAUCAGAUAUUGCCUGGAAGAAUGCCAAAUAUGCUCAGAUAUGGGAGUAUCUCAGAGAUGAAUUUGAAUUAACUCAGAGAUUUGCAAGUCUUGAUUUUAAAUUGAAGUUUGUGGAGCAUAAUAUUCGCUUUCUUCAGGAAAUUCUUCAAAAUAGAAAAUCAGAUUUCCUGGAAUGGCUUAUCAUCAUAUUGAUAGGUGCUGAAAUUCUCAUAUCUGUUUAUGAUAUUGCCCAUAAAUCAUCAAUUACUUCUCUGUAGCACCAGUUUCUGGUGAUCCAUGAAGUCAAGUUCUGAUUGAAGGUCAGAGUUGCUGCAUAUUUAUUCUCCAAAUAGUUUCUUUUCUAGUCUACUACCCAUCAUAUUGGCCCUUCUUGUAUCUUGUAAAUUCUAAUUUAGAAUUUACUUCUUUUUUUGGCCUUUUGGGAUCAUUUUUAUAUCAUAUAUAGGAUGUAUUCUGAA